AUGAACAAGGAGACUUUGCUUCUUAUUUACGAGUUUCUCUCGAAUGGAAGUGUCGAUAAAUAUAUAUUCAAUGAAAGCAAGGUUUGUUUGAAUUGGCAGCGAAGGUACAGCGUUGCUUGUGGGAUGGCCUCUGCUUUGAUUUAUCUUCAUGAGGAGUGGGAUCAGCGCAUAGUUCACAGAGACGUGAAGGCCAGCAAUGUGUUGUUGGACUCAAAUUUCAAUGCAAAGCUGGGGGAUUUUGGUCUGGCAAGAGUGGUUGAAUCUGAUCACGCUGCCGCGAGUACAACCAUGGUUGCCGGAACACGUGGGUAUUUAGCACCGGAGUAUAUAGAAUCUGGGAAGGCGAGCCCAGAAUCAGAUGUGUAUAGUUUUGGAGCUGUUUCUUUGGAAAUUGCCUGCGGAAGACAACCCAUUGAUUACACCUUAAAAGAAUACGAUUUCAGAAUGGUGGCCUGGGUAUGGGGUUUGCGUAGACAAGGGAAGAUUUUGGAUGCGGCAGACAAAAAGCUAGAGGGGAAUUUCAAUAUUGAUGAAAUGGAACGGUUGAUGUUAGUGGGAUUGUUGUGUUCUCAUCCGGACCCAAAGGCAAGACCCAGGAUGAGAGAGGUAUUAAAGAUCUUAGAAUUUGACUCUCCAUUGCCGUAUGUUCCCGUGAAUAUGCCUAUAGCUGUAUAUGGCGAUGCUCUUAAUUCUUGUGCUGGGUCUUCCUCAACAAUGUUGCCUUCGACACCCGAACCUCGGUCGUCCACAUAG